AUGAAAAUAAACGGCGGCCGCUGCCGCAUCCGGGCACUCGGCGGGUCGCGGCGGGCGCGGUGGUGGCGCAGCUCUGGAAUGGCGCAAAAGAAAUAUCUCCAAGCAAAAUUGACCCAGUUCUUAAGGGAAGACAGAAUUCAACUUUGGAAACCUCCAUAUACAGAUGAAAAUAAAGAAGGUGGUUUGGCAUUGAAGGACCUUGCUAAGAAGUACUCUGACAGGCUAGAAUGUUGUGAAAAUGAAGUAGAAAAGAUAAUAGAAGAAAUACGUUGCAAAGCAAUCGAGCGUGGCACAGGAAAUGAAAAUUAUAAAACAACAGGAAUUGCUACGAUUGAGGUCUUUCUACCUCCCCGGCUAAGAAAAGAUAGGAAAAACCUGUUGGAGACCCGACUGCACAUCACUGGCAGAGAACUGAGGUCAAAAAUUGCUGAAACCUUUGGAUUUCAAGAAAAUUAUAUCAAAAUUGUCAUAAACAAGAAACAGCUUCAACUAGGGAAAACCCUUGAAGAACAAGGAGUGACGCACAAUGUGAAAGCUAUGGUGCUUGAACUAAAACAGUCUGAAGAGGAUGUGAGGAAACGCUUCCAGGUUGCAGAAGAAGAGCAAAAUGAGGCCGAACUAAAAGAAAAAAGAAUUCAGAGGACCAGGAGAGGCCUGGAGAUACUGGCGGAGAGAGCUGAGAUGGUGGUGGAUCCAGAAACCACACCAUAUUUAGACAUAGCUAACCAGACAGGCAGAUCGAUCAGAAUUCCUCCUUCAGAAAGAAAGGCCCUUAUGUUAGCUAUGGGAUAUCAUGAGAAGGGCAGAGCUUUCCUGAAAAGAAAAGAAUAUGGAAUAGCCUUGCCAUGUCUGUUGGAUGCUGACAAAUAUUUCUGUGAGUGUUGCAGGGAGCUGCUGGGUACGGUAGAUAACUAUGCGGUGCUCCAGCUGGAUAUAGUGUGGUGUUACUUCCGCUUGGAACAACUGGAAUGCCUUGACGAUGCAGAAAAAAAAUUAAACUUGGCUCAGAAAUGCUUUAAGAAUUGUUACGGAGAAAACCAUCAGAGACUGGUCCACAUAAAAGGGAACUGUGGGAAAGAGAAGGUAUUGUUUUUAAGACUUUACUUGCUUCAAGGUAUCCGAAAUUAUCACAGUGGAAAUGGCGAAGAGGCUCGUGACUAUCUCAACAAGGCACUUCAACUCUUUAAAGAGCUAUAUAUUGAUCCCUCAAAAGUUCACAAUCUGUUGCAGUUGGGCUUUACUGCCCAGGAGGCCCGGCUUGGCCUGAGGGCAUGUGACGGGAACGUGGACCACGCGGCAGCCCACAUUACCAACCGCAGAGAGGAAUUGGCCCAAAUAAGGAAAGAGGAAAAAGAGAAGAAAAGACGUCGGCUGGAGAACAUCAACUCUUUGAAAGGAAUGGGCUACUCUGCUCACGCAGCCAAGCAGGCCCUGCAUCAGGCCAGUGGGAACCUGGAUGAAGCCCUAAAGAUUCUUCUUAGUAAUCCUCAGAUGUGGUGGUUAAACGAUUCAGAUCCUGAAACCAACAACCAUCAAGAAGGUCCUUCCCAGGAAAACAUUGACCAGCUGGUGUACAUGGGCUUCGAUGCAGUGGCAGCCGGCGCUGCCCUGAGAGUGUUCAGGGGAAAUGUGCAGCUGGCCGCUCAGACCCUGGCCCACAAUGGGGGGAGUCUUCCUCCUGACCUACAGCUCGCGGCGGAAGACGCUUCCUCAACACCAUCCACAUCCCCUUCCGAUUCCGCAGGUACCUCUAGUGCCUCAACAGAUGAAGAUAUGGAGACAGAAGCCGUCAAUGAAAUAUUGGAAGAUAUUCCAGAACAUGAAGAAGACUAUCUUGACUCCACUCUGGAAGAUGAAGAAAUUAUUAUUGCAGAGUACUUAUCCUAUGUAGAAAAUAUAAAGUCAGCAACAAAGAAAAACUGAAUAAUGAGCAGAAAUAAGUACUGAGUUUCUGCUUAUAAAUUCUAUCAUUAUGAAAAGUCGAAUGCAGGUCUUUUUUUUCCUUCUUUUUAUCUGAUUUUGCUGCAAGAGUGCUUCCUCCUUGGGUGUAGGAGGGGCGGGCAGGGAGCAGGGGCUGCUGUGAGGGGGAGAGCAGGCUGGGGGAGGGGUGGGGUGCCAGUCCCCAGUGCUGGCCUCGGGGAAGGAGCUGCCUCUGGCCUGGUCCUCUCCCCGGCAGCCUUCACAUGCUGCAGCCCUAACAGGUCUUCCCCGCUUGGUUUCUUUUCACCCGGAAAUGGGAAGGGCAGUUACUUCUGGAGAGUAGGGUGGCCCCUGGGGAAGAUCUCCAGGGAGAGCUAAUGGGGAGGGGACGCAUCCAGAUCCAUCUCCUCAUUUUGCGCGGCUCUCCUGCCCUCUGAGUUCACUGCCGAGCUCUUCCUGCCUCCCGUGAUGCAGCUCUGCCUUCCUGCUUCGGCCUCACUGGCCCAUCCCU